AUUUUACAUCAUCUUUGGUUGUUGGAUUCUGGGAGAACAGCCAUUUUUCGGCUCCCAGGUGUUAGCACAUUUACGAGAACAUUUUCUUUAUCCGAAUAAAAGUUUUUUGAGGGGAUGACAGGUCAUUAAAGACACGCUUUGGAGCUUUCUUGCCGUCCUCCAUCGUAAAUUCACAGUCCGGUGUGUAUGAAACCACGCAAUGUCCACCAUGGUGUAUCCUCGUGAAGAAGCCCUGGAGCGACUCAGCCAGGAUGAGAUUGUGCUCAACACUAAGGCCGUCAUGCAGGGUCUGGAGACGCUGCGCGGCGAACACGCCCAACUCCUCAACUCGCUGCUGGACUGCGCCCAGCCGCCCGCCGCCCAGGAGAAAUCUGGUCUGCUCCGUAAGAGUCUGGAGGCCAUCGAGCUGGGCCUGGGAGAGGCACAGGUGAUCAUUGCCCUGUCGAGCCACCUGAGCGCCGUGGAGUCGGAGAAGCAGAAGCUGCGCGCUCAGGUGCGUCGCCUCUGCCAGGAGAACCAGUGGCUGCGGGACGAGCUGGCGGGAACCCAGCACAAGCUGCAGCGGAGCGAGCAGAGCGUCGCCCAGCUGGAGGAAGAGAAGAAACACCUGGAGUUCAUGAACCAGAUCAAGAAGUUCGAUGACGACGUCUCGCCCUCAGAGGAAAAAAGCCAGAGCUCUGGCGGAGGCGGUGGAGGUGGAGGAGACACUUCAAAGGACAGUCUGGAUGACUUGUUCCCCAACGACGAUGACCAGGGACCAGCCCAGCCCAGCGGAGAGGUGGCGGCCCAGCAGGGAGGCUACGAGAUCCCAGCCCGCCUCAGAACGCUCCACAACCUGGUGAUCCAGUACGCCUCUCAGGGCAGGUACGAAGUGGCCGUGCCGCUGUGCAAACAAGCCCUGGAGGACCUGGAGAAGACGUCCGGACACGACCACCCUGACGUCGCCACCAUGCUCAACAUCCUGGCUCUGGUGUACAGAGAUCAGAACAAGUACAAAGAGGCAGCUCACCUGCUGAAUGACGCCCUCGCCAUCAGAGAGAAGACGCUGGGGAAGGAUCAUCCAGCCGUGGCCGCAACCCUCAACAACCUGGCUGUGCUGUACGGAAAGAGGGGCAAAUACAAGGAGGCGGAGCCUCUGUGCAAGAGAGCGCUGGAGAUCAGAGAGAAGGUUUUGGGGAAAUACCACCCAGAUGUGGCCAAGCAGCUGAACAACUUGGCCCUGCUGUGUCAGAAUCAGGGCAAAUAUGACGAGGUGGAGUACUACUACAGACGAGCCCUGGAGAUCUACGAGUCCAAACUGGGAGCUGAUGACCCCAAUGUGGCCAAGACCAAAAAUAACCUGGCUACAUGCUACCUGAAGCAGGGGAAGUUCAAAGAUGCCGAGGCUCUGUACAAAGAGAUCCUGACCAGAGCACACGAGAAGGAGUUUGGAUCUGUUAACAAUGACAACAAGCCAAUCUGGAUGCACGCAGAGGAGAGAGAGGAGAGCAAGGGGAAGCGCAAGGACUCUGGCCCCUAUGUAGAGUAUGGGAGCUGGUAUAAGGCCUGCAAGGUGGACAGCCCCACAGUGAACACAACCCUCAAAAGCCUGGGGGCUUUGUACCGUCGUCAGGGCAAACUGGAGGCAGCAGAAACGCUGGAGGAAUGCGCCAGCAAGUCACGUAAACAGGGUAUUGAUGCCAUUAACCAGAGUAAGGUGGUGGAGCUGCUGAAGGACGGGGGAGCCGGAGGGGGCGACAGACGACACAGCAGGGAAGGAAUCAACGGGCCGGGGGGACAGAGAGGGGAGAGCGAGGGCGACGACUCGGCUGAGUGGAACGGGGAUGGUAACGGGUCUCUGCGUCGCAGCGGCUCCUUCGGGAAGAUUCGUGACGCCCUGAGAAGGAGCAGCGAGAUGCUGGUGAAGAAGCUGCAGGGGAGCGGACCACAAGAGCCACGCAACCCAGGAAUGAAGAGAGCGAGCUCCCUCAACUUCCUCAACAAGAGCACUGAGGAGACCACACAGGACGCCAACUCCGUACUCUCAGACUGCAGGGGACUAAGCGCCAGCAACGUGGACCUAUCCAGACGCAGCUCCCUGAUUGGUUAGACAGAGACAGGAGGUGGGACUCAGGCGUCACAGAGCGGCCCGGCGAGGAGAGGCUGUUUGCGGUUUGAUCAAACAAACACACUUAAAAGCUCAAAGCGAGAUCAAACACUUGCACCUGCGGCGUAUUUUUUAGAGAACACUGAAAAGAAAAAAAAAAAAAAAAAAGCAUCACACUAAACGUCAGGUCGCUGCUGCUUCGCUGUACAAACCGCCGCCAUCGGUCACAAAAGAGAAUAUUUAGAUACACAUUAGCAUGCUGCUUACUAGAACGUGGAAUGUCUGCACCUGAACGCCUCGUGUUUUUGACUCAUAGCGCCGUAGCAAAACAUCGUAUCCUGAGUCCGUAUUUCUUCGAUCUCCACUCUCAUGUGCAGACACUCAACCGUAGGUAGGCUAAACGUGUCCGGUUUCAGUUCCGAGACGAGCAUUGCACUCUGUAUAUUUCACCAGUAGCAUGAAGUAAUUGCUGAUGCUAACCUCUCAUCGAAUGCAUAUCACAGACGGUGAAAAAAAAAUGGUACGAUCCAAUUUCGAUUUUAAAGAGAAAAUGAGCAUCUUUGGGGAUUUUCAAAAACAUUAGCACUAACCAUUUAAACCUCACUUUUUGCCUUCUUUUUUUUUAAUGUAUAUACAGUUUUAAAUUAUUUCAUUCUUUGUAUAUAGUGCACAUUGAGUUUUGUUUUUCUUUGUUGUUUACACUACUGUGUUAAAGAGAGUCUUGGAGAAAAUACUAAUUAUCUGGAGGGGGAAGACUGGAAAAGAAGGAAAGGAAGAGAAGUAAAGAUGAAAGAAAGUGUAGAAAUGGGUCGAUGGAAAGGUUGAAAAUGCUGAUAAAUUUAGUACCUCAAUCACUCAAAUCUGCUGACAUUCGGAGCAAAGUUUCAGUCGAUACUGUUUAAAUGCACUUUGAGCGUGACAAUACUGUAUAUGGUAGUUUCAGCUGCGUCCUCCACGGGUCAGGCUUCCAAAAACACAUUUUCAAAUGAGUGAUUUGGUGCCACAAUGAUCGGUCUAAAAAAAGGAGUAAAACAAAAAGACCAGAAAGUUCUUUUGAAAGUGACUUUACAAAUAAACCUCAAGCAUUUAAAGGUCUUAAAGUCUGGGUAAAGCAAAAACAAUUGUUUCAUUUUUAUCACAAAAA